UGGCGCCAGCCCUUGACUCACUGCUGUUGUCCCAGGCCCUUGUACCCAAGCAACUUAACCUUGCUUCAGGGACUUAACUUACUUCUUAGACUUAGUACAGGGCGCGCUGGCCCGUUCCCUAUCUCGACUGCUAUCAGCGUCCACAUUCCACCAUCACAACAGUCAGGAACGUCGCUCUAAUAUUGCAAUCAUGUCGCCUCGUUCUCUGGAGAAGAUCAUGCACAGGAAUAGAUCCAAAGAGGGUCAUCGGAAAUUCUCUCCUCCGGGCCCUACAUACAUGUCAGAUGAUCAGAUUGCAAGCUAUCUCAAGGAUCUCCGGACAAACAGACCCCCUCGUCCCAAUGGUUCGCGGCCACUCCCCUCCAAACCCAACCCGUCCACCACCAGUGUCAGGGACGAGCUCCCUCCACGGGCAACGUCGGCGCUCUCAAUGUCGAGACGCACGGAGACACCAUCCCAGGAACACCUGAGAAGUGAUCCUCAGCCUCGAUCAGCAAGUGCCCUGUCCCAUCGCCGGCUGACCUCAGAGGCGGGACCCAGGAGGGGUUCGGUUGGACGUCCGCUCGUCCAGGAACCAGGGAACUACUCAGGGAGACAUAGCUACGGCCCGGGUGCGAAACUGGCCUCCCCGACUAGCGUCACCCCCAGUGGUGCGUAUCGAGAGAACGGCCAGCGCUGGAUGGAAAAGCAGGAGGCUCGAUCACUGCGGGACGCCCUGGAGGAGCUGGAUCUCCAGGAGGAAAUGCGGAUUUACGCGGGGGCCCAGGACGAAGCAACCGAACUGGUGUGGAAGCACCAACAUCCUGGUGUUCCGUUCAAGAACCCACAUGCUGCGUACCGGAAUCCCGAUAUGACCAGAGUCUACCCACAGGACAGAGCUUCCUACACAGGAGGCCGCAGUAAUAGCAUAACUACAGACGACGAAUCACACAGCUCGAAAUCGGGGGGAGCAGCCUCGAUCGACAGUAAAGGCUCGGCUUCUCGAGGUGACACCUUACCCAGAAAGCCGAAAGUCAACUUUGCGUUGCCUCCUGAGGAGGACUCUCCGUUGCCAGGUUGCCGCGAUAGCAGCGGCUCUCCCAAGGGGAUAUUCAGGAACCCGGAGGAUCACAUAUAUGAAGAGCCCGAUGAGCGGGAUAGCAGAAGGGCAUCAUCUCGGUAUGAGACGAUGCAUCCGACCUCGUCUGCAUUGAAAGCAAAGCCACGAAACUCCUUACCACGCGAUGGCCGGCCGUCACUCUCUCGUUAUGAUAUCCACAAGAACCCCCCUUCUCAGUCGAGAAAUCCGGCUUACACAGUCAAUUCUUCUCCUUCUCCAGAACGUGAACUUCUGAACCAAGACGUCCCAAAAAAGAACGGUAUUGAAAUUCGCAGCGACGACAUCCGUGCUGCAACCAGUAUGAAGCUGAAGGACCGGAGCAGCAAGUUACCAAUGCCGACAGCUGUCAGCGAUCGUCUCGGACGGCCCAUUGUUAGUUUCGACAAAAACUGGAAGGCCCCUGAUGAGCCAAAGAGCAGUAACUCUACUUUCGGGAAGGGAAAGUCAUCUCCUACUCCACCGCCACCGGUCCCUGAGAUCAACGUCUGCGAACCUGCCUCGAUACCCACGAUCACUCUGCCUGACAACAGUCCCCCGAAGAUAUCAGAGAUGCAGCCGAUUUCUGACCGUGGGAGAGAUAGCACGCGGCCGCUGCCUGAUCCGAAGAGUGUUCCCAACAAGAAACACGUAACGAAAGUGAGCCAAGGAACGUCGAACCGCUGGUACUCCCCGUACACCCGCGCUGGUGUUCCGACGGCCACCUGUGCUGCUUGCACUCUUCCGAUUGCGGGGAAGAUAGUGACGGCAGCAGGAUCACGGUUCCAUCCUGAAUGCUUUACCUGCCAUCACUGUGGGACUGCUCUGGAGUGUGUUGCUUUUUACCAGGAGCCGGAAGCGAAGCGUGCGGAGAGAAUUGAAAGAUCGGCUGCUGACGAUGACGAGGCUCAGGCGAUGCGAUUCUAUUGCCAUUUGGAUUUCCACGAACUCUUUAGCCCCAGGUGUAAGAGCUGCAAGACCCCAAUCGAAGGCGAAGUGGUGGUGGCCUGCGGUGCAGAGUGGCAUGUUGGUCACUUCUUCUGUGCGGAGUGUGGUGAUCCUUUUAACUCCGAGACCCCAUUCGUGGAAAAGGAUGGCUUCGCCUGGUGUCUUCGUUGUCACUCUCGACGUACCGCUUCACGUUGUCUUGGCUGCAAGCAACCUGUGCUCGAUGAUAUCGUCGUCACCGCUUUGGGUGGCCAGUGGCAUGAUAAAUGCUUCGUCUGCCACGAGUGUGGUGCUGGAUUCGGCCCUGAAGGGCGAUUCUUCGUGAAGCAGGGGGAGCCAAAGCGAACUGCGAAGGGUCGAAUCAUCGGCGGACCAGUUCAGUUAGCAGUUUGUGAAAGAUGCGAGGGCAUAAGGCUCAAGGCCUGAUCACAAUGUCAAGCAGACCGUCCCCAUUGAGUAACCGUCCAAACUCUCCUGGUUAAGCAAGCAUUUUGCUGCAGCCGCAGAGCUGUCGACCGAAUCUUCGCUGUUUCCCCCGGCUUCUUUCUUGAUUGCAUCUGA